AUGGUCAAAUUACUGAAAGUACCAAACACUCCCGAAGACUUCAAUGACAUUGUUUCUUAUCUUCAGUCUGGCGUCUUUGCAUCAAAAUACAACACUUCAACAAAAAGAGGGAAUUUGCGUCGGAGAUGUCAAGGUCUUACUUAUGACGACAAGAGUGGUUGUCUGUUCUAUACAGAGAAGCUGACAGAUGAAAACUCUCAACCGGUCAAGAAACGAUUAAUUCCAACUUAUGACAAGGAAUUACGAGAAGCUCUUAUAGAGAAAUUCCAUGUCGGUGCCUCUCAUUUCGAAUAUCAUAAAACAUACACUAUGCUAUACGAGAAACACAUCGGAAUUACACAAAAUGAAGUCAAGGAGUUUGUACGAAAAUGCCCUACUUGUAUCCGAAAUGUAUCAAUCAAGGAAAAAAACGAUAUAACACCCAUCAUCGCCAGUGCUUCAUUAGAACGUCUCCAGAUGGACCUUGUCGAUCUUCUUUCUUUUGCCGAACAUAAUGAUGGUUAUAGUUACAUUCUCACGAUGAUUGAUGUAUUCUCCCGUUACGUCUGGGUUAUUCCGCUCAAAGACAAAGAGGGCAGUACGAUUAAUAAGAAAUUAACAAGACAUUUUUCAAUGUUCGGUCCCCCCACAGAGCUUCAAUCAGACAACGGAUCUGAAUUUAUCACUGAUGUGCUAAAGAAAACAUGCGAAACGCUCAAG